AUGCUGAGAUGUGCCAGGUUACCGACCAGUGGGAUUAGACAAGUUUUGCAAAGACGGUGGAUAGUGAGCUAUUAUGAGCUAUUUCCAGGGACGUUCCCAGAUAGCCAACCUCGCUGGGAUGUGGAUCUUGGCAAGCUAAGGAAAGAAUACAGGAAAUUACAAGCUGAGGUGCACCCUGAUAAGAUACAAAAAGAGCAAGAAGCCGACUCAGAGCAAUCUUCUUUACUAAAUAAAGCUUAUCAUGCCUUAAAGGAUCCCUUAACUAGGUCUCAACAUAUGAUUCAGAUCCUAAAGGACGUGGAUCUGACUGUUGAUAGUGUCGCCAGGGAAUAUACACAAAUGGACCCUGAAUUGCUGAUGGAUGUCAUGGACGUUCAUGAGCAAUUGCUUGAUGCUAAUAGCCGGGAUGAAGUAAGAGAGAUAGAGAAGGUCAACAAGCAGCGCAUAGAAAAAAUAGAAGCAGAAUUAAAGGAAUGCUACGAUAACAAGGAGUAUGAAAGAGCAAUCAAUCUCACAGCACGACUCAAAUACUGGAAGAAUGUAGCAUCAGCAGUUAAGGAUUGGGCGCCAGGGAAACCUAUUGAUUUGAAGCAUUGA